CGGGAAUCCUUAUUACCCCGGGCUCUCAAAUGGAAAUUUGUUGACGGCAAAAGGUCACACAAGUCCCUUAUCAUCCGCUAUAUCUGUUUCCCUCAUUUAUUGCGGCUAUUUUUGCUCUUCGCUAGAAGACAUCUUGUGAUACUCUAACAUAUGGGUUACUUUGAGCAAGAAGUACUGCUUCAUGUCCUGCUCCGCGAGUGCGACGGGUAAUCCACUCGUAGUUCAACGUCGUUUCAUAAAACUAUCUCCUUUCCAGAGAUACUUCCCUCGACCUUUUCGUUUUGUUUGGAAUGGGUCGGAAACCGAAUGCCAUCGUUUCCGAAUUUUUCCAUCGAGGAAAUAAAUUACCAGACUCGAGCAAUCGUUAUGAGCACACAUGCAAGCUGUGUGGAGAAAACUUUCCCAAAGGUAGACCAGAUAGCCUGCUGGGUCAUCUAACCAAAAGCUGUCAAGCUAUCUCCAUUCUGGACAAACAGCGCGUGAUUCACCUGUUGCAUGGACUCUCUUCGAACACAACCGGUGCUGGGAAAGCACAUGGAAAUAGCCGUAGUGAUCGGGCACGAGCAAAUACUUCUCCUUACUCUAGCCGACUUGCAAAUUUUAGUAAUCCUGGUGGGCUGGAUGGGUUGAACGUCCUUGCUGAAGCUUCAAGACGAGUUGGUGCGACAAACGAGACCGGACAAGCGGUAACACGCUCUCAAGGCCUGAAGGGCGUCGUUGUUGACCCAGCGCUAGAAUGCCCGGGUAGUGCCGUUAUCGACCUCAAUGAACAUCCCACCGCAACAUCGAUCCAGACAUCUCAAUCUUCGCCGAUCCAAGAAGAACCUCAUGCGUCUGCCUGCGUAUCCGAUUCUAUGCAGCUAAAUCCAGAUUCAUUGUCCGACCUCCGACACUCCUCGCAACUUUCACUCAUUGCGGCAUCUGCAAGCGAAAUUGUCCCAGAGGAUACAGUUGAGCACUUAGAUUCCGAUCAACAUAUUACCCAGUUUAACCAUGAUGCCCACGACAAUGCACAAUGCUAUGUAGCAUAUCCUAGGCCAAUAGCUAUCAAUGUCAAUCCGCAGAGCCACGAACCAAUUUCCGUUCCGAAGGCAAUUAGUCGAAUCACCAAGCAUAAGUCUAGGUCCGCCUUUUCUGAAGAACGUCGAAAAGAAGUUCAGCUGGUUCGGAAAAUGGGCGCUUGCCUUCGGUGCCGGAUGUUGAAGAAGACAUGUUCUCCUGGUACCCCAUGCUCUCAGUGCAGAAGCCUACAAAAUCCGCGUGUCUGGAUGGAAUGUUGCGUUAGAACCCGACUUAUGACCCGCUUUGAAGCUUAUUCAGUUGCCUUGCAUUCCGUUCUCAUAUAUCAUGAUAUUAAUAAUCUCAAAAACCAGGUGCAUUUCGAACUGUCAACCGGCCGCAUUGAAGUAACCCAUUUUGAGCAAGAUCCAUCAUAUUUUGUUACAUUUGGAACCCUGUGUGCACAAAAACCAGGUAUAUCCAAUUCGGAUCCACAGCUGCCACUCACUGGACAUGAUACAGAACUGGGUGCACACCCACAAAAUAUUCACAUUCUGGAUGGAGAAGUUGAAGAGCUAAGUGGGAAGCUGGAUGAUUAUAUGAAAAAGGUGUCGCAUCGGUUUUUUGAAAGCGAAGAAUCAGUAUUUAUGCAACAGACAUUAUUAUUAGCAGCAGAACUCGGGAAAGCAAGCCAGGAUGAACUACUUGCAGGGGUCCUCGAUUUAUGGGUGGCCACAUCAAUAAUUGUUGGUCCUCUUGUGCCCUGGAGGGUUUUUUUCAAUCCAACACUUCCGCCUGCAACCCUCCAACCCCUAACUUCGAGCUCGAAUGGAUGGCACAUUCCUAUCACUGGCGGUGAUGGAAUCGAGUCAUAUUCGCUUAUCUGCUCCCAGCUUCGAGCCGCAGCAGAAAAGCGGGCUGCAAAAACUAGCAAGGCCGUCUUAAAUCGGAUAGAGCAAAGGUUGCUCCAAAGACAGAAGGAGGGUAAUUUUCGGACCUUUUUGGCGUCACUUAUUUUACUAAACUGUGUUGAACGAAUGUCAUGGCUCUUUUAUAGCUGGGAGCACGGAGAAUAUGCCACCAGGUGGCCUCUAGAACGUCGCCCAUCAGAUUUUGUUGCUCAAGGGGACAGAUUCUCGAGCAUUAUCGCAACGCACUUGAAAAUGCGCUCCUUGGCGCCAGCUUUCCUCGUUCAGCCCGAUACCGGUCUUUUGAAAGCAAAGGAUGGAAACGACGGCGAGGUAAUACGAUGGUUCGAAGCCAUCAACAUUGAUCACCAGUUCCUCCUUUCUCGCCAAACAGUGGGGUUGGAUUUGAGCAACUGGCGGUCUCUUGAUCUAAAGUAUUGUUCCACGUUAAUCCUGUCCGCUGACAACUUGGGUUGAUCCCCGCAGUUCAUACUCAAGAUUUACCUGCAUCUUACUUGUAUCUACAAGGGUAGCCUGUGAAUGUUGGUGAGCCUUGCACCUUUG